AUGAGCACAGGCGAGGACGUGGCGUGGGUGGCCGAGCUGUUUACAGAAGCCACAAGCUCGGCAGCACGCCUGACGACACUCCUUCGUGCCACCCACAACUCGCCACAACUCCCGGCAGCAGUCGAGCUCUUUGCCAGCACCCUCGCCUCGCGCUCAGCUGAAGACGCCGCAGCCGGCGCAGAGGGUGCGUCCGAGGUCCUGGCCGACAUCGAUGGCGCCAAUCAUGUCCUGCUCGGCCACAUUGAGCGGCAUGGCAGUGAACUCGACAGCGAAUCAGCAGCCGCGCUAGCAGAUCUGACUUCGGCGCUGACUCGGAUGGCACGCGGGGCGCUCGAGCGGCUCGCACGGACCAUCGCCGGCGAUGUUGAGCCGGUUCUUGCUCAACUCCCACUGGUGGUGCCAGAGGUGGUGGUUGAUCAGGGGCCUCUGCCGAUGGUGUCUGCCGCCGCCGAAGCGUAUGUAGCUACGAUCGAGGACUACUUUGAUGAGGUGCUGGAGGUGGUGCCGGACGUGUGGUGUGAGAGGCUUGUCAAGUCGCUGGCCAACGCGUGCGUGAUGGCGGUGGAGGACGGCCUGUUCUCGCCGCGGGCAGUCGAGCAUGUCGACGCCCUGGCAUCUGCCCUCUCUCCGACCUGGAUGUGGGUGGUGACGGCAUGGCGCGAUGUGUGGAGCCUUCGGGCGCUAUACGCACAGUAUUUGUCGCGCCGGCGCGCCGCGGCGCUGUUUGAUCGGCUGCUGCUGGUUCUCGACUGUGUGUCGGUGGGUGCAUUCCGAGCGAGCCGGUGCCUGCCUGUGGCGCUCGAGGCCGCUGAAGCGCCGCUGGUCGACGAUUCGGCACUUGCGGCGGAGCUGAAGACCCGGCUGUAUGCCGCAGUCGGGGCGUGGGGCGAAGAGUUCACCUUUGCACAUGUGGUGCAUGUGCUCAAGCUCAUGUCGUGGCUCCCGGAUCCGGUGCGGGUCCGCGCGCAAAAGGCAGCAUUCAAGGCUGUGGUCAACGGUCCGCCGGAGACCUACACCCGCCCGCCGUCGCGACUCGCCGGCCUCGUCUCGCUCGGCCUCAGCCCGGCUCGCACUACUGCCAACAAUGCUGGCGGCGCCGCUGCUUGA